UUAAUUAAAAUACAAAUCACUCCCUCAAAAUAAAAUUCAACACUCUCACACAGCACCACUCACAAUUUAUUACGCUCUCUCUCUCUCUAACUCCACAGAUCUUCAGCGAAAAUCUAGCGAAAAUUUCUAUUAUCAGAUCUUCAGGAGUGUUAAUUCAUCAGAUAAUCACGAAGAAAUUUUAUUAUCAGUGUAACUGAAGUUUAUUUUCUGAACACAUUUGGAGAUAUAAAAGGACAGCAACAUGCCGUGGGCUUUUUCAUUUGUGAAUUACAGCCGGAACUGUGUUCGAUUGGGUGUCUUCUAUCGCGUUAUUCUGUAAUUUAGAUUGCUGUGGCAAUUCCGUUUACUUUUGAAGGAACUCUUGUAUUCAGCGUCGUUUCAGUUUAAAGGCGGGUUAAGGAGUGAGAAUGAACAUUGGAGUUGGGAAGAUUAAAAUGAGCAUUAGGAUUACUGCAUAUUACCAAGCGAUGCAAGUUUGUCAGGCCGAGUAUUUCCGCCAAUUGCUUAAGCCCGUUACGUAGUCUAGCAUUUCAAAGUUUCUGGGAUUAACUUUGGGAAGACUGCCCUCUGGUUGUUUUCAUAUAAAAGAAGGCAAUAGCGUUGAUAAACUGUUAGAAUCCGGUUGUAGUUCAUUUAGAUUAGACAGCUCUUUAUGCACGAUGGCAAUACAUUGAUACUCUAGAAAGUUUUUUAUUUUGUCAGUUUAGGAACCUUCUUCGAAAGCCAACUGAUUUCCAACUAAUUGCCAACCGAAUCCAAAAGAAAAUUCUCUUCAAAGUUUUGAUUCUGAAUCGAAACCUGAGAAGGAAGAAGAACAAGAGCUACUGCGGUUGAGGAACAAGCUGUCGUGGCUGGAUUGAAGGCAGCCUUAUGAUGCAGAGUGACCAGCAAUUCCCUCGCAGAAAAUCAGUGCCCCACUUUGGUAAUCAAAGUGGUAACGAUCAUAUGCAUGUUCCGAUAGCAUCUUCUUUUGCUCCAGCUCCGCCUCUAUCUUCAAAGCAUUUGAUGUCUGUUCAUGGCAUUGAAUUUCAACCUUCUGAGGUUUGCCCGAAGAACUUCAUUAUUUUCGAUCAGACUGAUCACCGAAGUCAAAUUAUGUUCCAUCCCACAGUUGCCCACAAGUUCAGUAGUCCUGGCUUGGGUAUGCAUGCAAGUUAUGUCCAAGAGAAUUUCAAGAGAAAAAUGGCCAAUGACAUUGAAAAGGAGGUAUCUUCUUCUCUGAAAGAGAAUUCAGAUGACAUUGAUGCAUUAUUGAGCUUAGAAGAGGAUGAAGAGGAUGGAUAUGAUGAGGAAGAGGUCAGCACAGCACGAACUUACGGAAAUUAUGGGAGCAGCUCCCCUGAUUCUUGCUCCACAUAUGGUUCUAAACCCAGGAAAAAUGGAUCAUCUUCUGUUCAGAGUUCUUCUGGGAGCGGUAGCAGUUGUAACAGUGAAAGAAAACGGCAGAAAAUGAAGAAGAUGGUGAAGGCACUGAGAGGAAUUGUACCUGGCAGUAGUGAUCAAAUGAAUACUGUCACUGUUCUUGAUGAAGCUGUUAGGUAUCUCAAGUCUCUCAAAGUUGAAGUGCAAAAGCUUGGAGUAGGGAAUCUCGAGAACUGAACUCGAACUUGAAUCUUGUAUUGAACUCUAUUUCUGAGAUAGAGGUAAUCAUUAAGUAAUUUAGUUCUCUCUCUUGGAUGGUUGUCUUAGUACUCAUUACUAGUAGAAUAAUUACACCCGGACCUGUGCGCUCGGUAGACAUCUGGUCACGGCAAAAUAAAGAUAGUAGUCAGUCACUCACUUUGAUGAUUAAAGUUUUUCCUUAACCUCUGUUUAAGGAGAAGUUUCCUAUCAAAGAAAAGCGUUAUGGAUCUCGACGCGUAAUAUGUAAACCUCUCUUCUGGUGGCAGGUAAUUCUGUUGAACUUAUUAGCAUUACUUUAGAUGCUGUUGUUGUAUUGUAAUUUAAGAUGGAAUUUAACUGUUCUUAUGUCAUUUGCUUUAAGCAAUGCUUUAUAUUA